AAGCUUCAUCUCCAAAUAGGAUGACCGUCGGCUUUUGUGGAAGGGACUGCAUGCAGCUCCGUAGCUAGCUCUGGGACAUCCGCUUGGUUCCGCGCGCUCACUUGAAUCUGAGGGGAGUUUAAAAGCCUAAACGAACGUUUUUUUUCCCUCUCUCCUGGUUGGAUUUCCGAUGGAUAUUCCCGUUUGAAGAGGUGUGAUUUGAGCGCGGCAUGUAACAAAAAGAAGCGCAUGAGAAAAGUAGCGCUCGUAUUGUUAUUCCGAAGCGAGCACCCGUCUGAACUGCUUCGAGAGCCACAUCCAAUGGAUUACUAAAUGACAGAGCUGUGAAACCACUCCGAGGCAUAGCCAUUCAUGAGCUGAAGGCCGAGGUAAAUCCGUAGCAGAGGACCACCAGCAGCAGCAGCAGCAGCAGCAGCAGCGUUGAUGCGACCAUGAGGUCAGAGGCCUUGUUACUCUACUUCACGCUACUGCAAAUAGCCGGGGCGGGCUUCCCCGAGGACAGCGAGCCUAUUAGCAUCUCACACGGCAACUAUACAAAGCAGUAUCCAGCAUUUGUAGGCCACAAACCUGGCAGGAACAAUACCCAGCGGCACAAACUGGACAUCCAGCUCAUCAUGAUCAUGAAUAGGACGUUAUACAUUGCUGCCAGGGAUCACAUAUACACGGUGGACACAGACUCUGCCAACAGUGACGAGAUCUUUUUCAGUAAGAAAAUGACGUGGAAGUCCCGGCAGGCGGACGUGGACACCUGCAGAAUGAAAGGGAAACAUAAGGACGAGUGUCACAACUUCAUCAAAGUCCUCCUGCAGCAAAACAAUGACACCUUGUUUGUGUGUGGAACAAAUGCUUUCAACCCCUCCUGUCGAACCUAUAAGACGGACACUCUGGAGGCUCUGGGAGAGGAGAUCAGUGGGAUGGCACGCUGCCCGUAUGACGCCAAGCAUGCCAAUGUUGCCCUGUUUGCAGAUGGCAAGCUGUACUCGGCCACCGUAACAGACUUUCUAGCAAUCGAUGCGGUCAUCUAUCGUAGCCUUGGAGACAGCCCGACUCUGCGCACUGUCAAACACGACUCCAAAUGGCUUAAAGAGCCCUACUUUGUGCAAGCGGUCAAUUACGGCGACUUCAUCUACUUCUUCUUUCGGGAAAUUGCGAUGGAAUACAACACAAUGGGAAAGGUGGUGUUUCCUCGAGUGGCCCGGGUUUGUAAGAAUGACCGUGGCGGCUCUCCUCGCGUUCUGGAGAAGCAGUGGACCUCAUUCCUAAAGUCCCGCCUGAACUGCUCCAUACCUGGUGACUCCCACUUUUACUUCAACAUCCUGCAGGCUGUGACGGAUGUCAUCCACAUCAAUGGAAAAGAUGUGGUGAUGGCAACCUUCUCCACACCUUACAACAGUAUUCCAGGCUCAGCGGUGUGUGCCUAUGACAUGGCGGAGGUGGCCAACACAUUCACAGGGAGGUUCAAAGAGCAGAAAUCCCCCGACUCCACCUGGACGCCUUUUCCUGAAGAGAAGGUUCCCAAGCCGAGGCCUGGAAGCUGUGCCGGCACCGCAUCUAUGGAGAGGUACAAGGUUUCCAACGAGUUCCCUGAUGACACUCUCAACUUCAUCAAGAUGCAUCCUCUGAUGGACGAAGCUGUGCCCUCCAUUGCCAACAGGCCCUGGUUUCUCAAGACCAUGGUGCGGUAUCGCCUGACACGCAUUGUGGUGGACAAUGAGGCGGGGCCAUAUAAGAACCAAACAGUGGUCUUUCUGGGGUCUGAGAAAGGCAUCAUACUAAAGUUCCUGGCCAAGAUGAACAACGGUUUCCUAAAUGACAGCCUGUUUCUGGAGGAGCUCAACGUCUACAACCCUGACAAGUGCAGUAUAGAUGGCGUGGAAGACAAGCGCAUUGUCGGCAUGCAGAUAGACAGCAAGAGCCACGCUCUGUGGGUUGCUUUCACCUCCUGUGUGGUUAAAGUGCCGCUGUCUCGCUGUGAGAGACACGGAAGAUGCAAGAAGUCUUGCAUUGCCUCCAGAGACCCAUACUGUGGUUGGGUAUCAGAGGGAUCCUGCAGACAGGUCGUCACCAAUACCAAAUCAGCCUUUGAGCAGGACGUGGAGCAUGGUAACACAGAUGGCCUGGGAGACUGCCAAAACACCUUUGUGGCGCUGAACGGCCACCAUCACCGCCACCAUCACCACACCCUCACACUCCCCACCCCGGCCCUACCUGAGGCCGCCGAGGGCCCCCUGGGGCGGGGCCGCAUGGUGGAGCGGAAGGACCCCCCCAUGAGCUCAGACAAAGGGGAGGAGCCUUACGUGGCCGUGCCCUCUCAGACUCAGCCUGAAGCCAAUGGAGUGAUCCGUGAGAGCUACCAGAAGGGUCGUGACCAGCUCGUUCCCGUGACCUUGCUGGCCAUCGCUGUCAUCCUGGCCUUUGCCAUGGGCGCCAUCUUCUCCGGCAUCAUCGUCUACUGCGUGUGUGACCACCGGCGGCGAGACAUGGACCUGACAGGCCGCAAAGAAAAAGACAACCACCACCUCCACUCCCGUCGGGGCUCCAUGAACAGUGUGACCAAGCUGACAGGCCUGUUUGAGACGCAGGCCAAAGAUGGUCGUCCCGAGGCCAUCCUCACCCCUCUGAUGCACAACGGGAGACUGACACCCAGUGGGAAGAUGCUGAUUAAAGCAGACCAGCACCACCUGGACCUUGCUGCUCUGCCUACGCCUGAAUCCACCCCCAUGCAGCCACGUCGCAAGCCCAGCCGAGGCAGCCGGGAGUGGGAGAGGAACCAGAACCUCAUCAAUGCCUGCACCAAGGACAUGCCACCCAUGGGCUCUGCUGUCAUCUCAACAGACCUCCCCCUGAAGGCCUCACCUGGUCACAUCCCCAGCGUGGUGGUGCUUCCUCUGCCGCAGCAUCAGCACCAGCUGCAGCCUCACCUGCAGCAGUCCUACCAGCACGAAUAUGUGGAGCAUCCUCACCACAGUGAUCUGGGCAUGGGCCACAGCGUCAUGGAUGACCAAGGGGCCACGCUGGAGUACAAGACAGUCAAGAGCCCCUGUCACAACCUCACCAUGGUGGAUCCAGAUGGGAUGCUUCCGCCUCGAGUGCCCCAACGAGAGGCGUCCCUCACCAUCCCUCCGGCCGUCCCUCAGAUGGGCAAACGCCUAGAGGUCCACUCUUCGGUCUACGGGCUCCGGAAAGGAUCGUCAUCUUCUGCUUCUGGAUCCUCUGUCCUUAAGAAGCACAACACCAACUCAUCUAACUCGUCCCAUUUGUCGAGGCAUCACAGCUUCAACCGUGUGGAGACUCCGCCCCCUGCACCUCAGAGGGUGGACUCCAUACAAAUGACAGCACAGGGCAUAUCUCUGUCCCGACAGCCCAGUAUGAGCUCCUAUGGUUCACUGCCUCGAACGGGCAUCAAAUAUCUCAAACCUGAUGUCCCCCCUAAACCCUCUGUAGUCUCACUCUCUACAAAAGUCAAGUCCAGUGACUCGUGCACAUAGUCGUCUAGUUAACAAAUCAGUCCAAUGUGAACAGACAGUAGUGAAAGAUUGUUUCUGAGAGACAGAAAAACAGGGAAUACUGUACAACUUGCAUCUCCUUUUAGUGUUUUUUGUUUGAUUUUGGUGUACAGUGAAAAUGCAACACAUUUUUUUUAAGAAAUCACUUUCUUUUUAUAUAAAUAUGUAAAUAUUAUACAAAUGGUUGUCGUCAUUUGUUGCCGUCAUGGAGCUCUGAUGCUCUGGCUGGUUCCUCUGUAAACUCACACAGGAACGUGAGCUACUGAAACCGAAGAAGAUGAAGCUGUCCUGAAUAUUUCAUCCAAUGGCGCCCUGUAGCAUCCAAGGCGGUGGCUCUCUCUCCUGUUUGUGGUGUCUUUUUGCCGCCGGGACUUGACCUGAUACUCUAUCACGCUGGUAAAAGCACAUAAGGAGACAGCACGGGGAGGGGGUUUGGAGGAUAAUCGUUGUACAGUACCUUGAGGACUGGGAGAUGUGAGCGAGUGAGCACUCAGACUGAGAGGACGAAACAGCUGCCUGAGUUUUGUCACAAACUGUGAAACAAGCCUCUCAGUGUUACAGCAAUCAAGUCUGAAAGUCAGAGGAACCUUCUACUGUACUGGUUACUGAAUAACACAUGACUGUUAAUACUAAUAGCUUGUUGUAUUUAUUUUUAUUAAGUGCUUUUGAAAAAAAGACUGACUUUGUAGGCUCAGAAAGAGGACAGAGAAGAGAUCUUUUAAUAUGAAUUAAUCAAGUAAGAGAAAAAACAUAUUUAAAGUCAUUAAACUGGAGCCCGUAGACUUUUCUUGAUGACUUAAGGUAAAUUAGGUCUUACCGUGCGCUCAGUGGGACCGGCAGCUCGAGAUAUAUGUGACCUCUGUGAAGAGGAGGAGAUAUUUAUUUAAACUGUGCCACACAGGGACUUUUACCUUCAUGGAUUUCCAUCGAUUUUGACCAAUCAUAAAAAAAGACUUUCUGUAACGCCACCCUUUUCACUCCUCCCCUCCAAUCAGCACUGUGGUUUUUUGUGUGAGUCAGUAACAUUUGUCCUGAUUGGUUGCUGGCUUACCGGUGCCAUCUCAGCUCACUGUUGCAUGUUGCAAAUACAUGAAAAGCAGCUGCAGCAACAGUGCAGGAAUCUUCAAACAUACACGUACAAAAGAAGCUGUAAGAAGUGACGCAGUAAGCAAGCAGACGGAUGCCUCUAAAUCUGAACGUGUCUUCGUUUGUAGCGGCGUCACGUGGACGAGCAGGCUAGAGAAAAGAAAACCUAAAAACAUCAGUACGGCCUGCUUCUUUUAUCCACAUGUAAAUUUGUGCCUUACACCCCUAAAGUAGUGACAAUGUUUCUUUCAUAGCUGUUAACUUUGUCUCCUUGUAGUAUUUUUUUUAAUUUUUCUUACAUCAUGAUGUUUCCCUGGUUUGAUAAAAAUGCAAUUAAAGAAUGUAGGUGUUAUUGUUGUAAUUCUGGUCCCUAGACAUGAAACACUUACAGUCCAGAGGGAGGAGAGGAAGACAGAUUUAUAUUUCUUCUUCUCUCUCUCUCUCUCUCUCUCACACACACACACACACACCCACACACACUAACAAAAAAGAAACACACACACACACAUAUCUUUGUGGUUCAUUUCUGAUUGUGCCAUUAAUGCGCUUAAAGCAACCCUUUAUGUUGUGCUGGCAGUGUCGAUGAAGACGUGUUUUUGAUUUUAUAUUUUAUACAACUUCAAAGUCCUGUUUUUGUUUUUUACUGUUGUUUUUCUGUUUCUUUCUGUCUGUCAGUUUUGGAGUGACGUUUCAAUGACUGAUAAACUGAGCAAUUAACAUUUGUUACUUGAGAAGGCCAAUGUAUCUCUCUGGUGCACUGCAAUAAUAACAGUAAUAUUAAUAGAAAAGCAGCGACAACACUAGCAAGUAUGAGAUACACACGAGCACCCGGUGUACUAACAUGUCUAGCUUUCUUGUGUGCACUGUAACAAAAAUUUCCUAGGCAGUUGCUUAAACAGGCUGGUUCCUGUGAAGAAGGUUGACAUUUUAGAACAACAUUUUGAAAAGAAGUUGCUUAUUUAACCCCCUUUUGUAAAAGUAAACUCUUCUAAAAUACAUUUUUAAUGUGAUUCUAUAACUCUCAUUAUCAAGGCCUUAAAUCUGGCUGAGAGUUCGACUAAUCUGACCUUUAUUCUUUAGUUUUCCUUUUUACUUGAGGAUUUUUAUUGACACCCUCCCCCCCAUCACUUAAAUCAACAGAGCACUCCUUCAGUGUUGUAUGUGUAGAUAGGUUUCUUGAUAUUGAGCAAUUUUCUGUUUCUCAAUGGAGGAAAAAGCCAACUAUGUCUCAAUCCACAGCUAAACAGAGGAAGACGUGUAGGAAAAAGUGACCUGACUGACAUGUAAAUAGGUGCUGGUUGCAAAUGGCCAUGUCAAGGUGCAACAUAUUUGGUCAGCCAGGGAGGAAACAUGGUUUAGGGUCUGGUUAGACAAUGAUCCGGGGGCCUGUACUACGAAGCAGGAGUUGUGGUUAGCAAGGUAACUAAAGGUUUAUUUGAGGCUUUUAAGGCUUUAAAUGACAGUCUUACCAUAGUAGCUUACACCCUCCACCAUGCUCCUGAGCAGAUUAUGUUUGGGGUAAGAUAACAUAGAUACAGUCAGCAUUAAAGGGAACACCUGUAAAACUUCAAAACAAGGCAGAAGAGCUGCCAUGUGGCCUUCUGCACAACAAAUCAGCAUUAAAAUCUGAAUCUCCAUCUUUAGUUUGAUAUUUUACCCAACCAAAGCACAGACCUGAGUUGAAGAAAACUGUGGCUGCAAGCCGUCAAGUAGGAGGGUGAGCUUUGUCCUGUCAUGGGACCAUCUAACCAAAAUCAAAACAUGUUUUUACUCAGCAUUUAAUUGCAUGCAGCAUUAACAUUACUGCAUCCAACAUUGUUAGAUUAUUUCAGGGAUACCAUGCAAGUUUUAUCAUAUCUACAGCAAACAUCUUACCAGGCAGUUCAGCCCGUUCUGGGAAUGACACUUGGGACCUUUUAACGUUCAGACAAACAGUCCUAUCCUAUUCUUUCUAGAGUAUUUAUAUAACAUUAAUGGCUCAGUGUAGGGCAUUACAGCUUGUUAUUAUUUUGGUUUGAAACCUGCUAAACACAGCAUUGCAGGCUUGGAAAAAGGUUUACUUCGCCCCAGAGGUUACGCUGCACCCAACUAUGACUCAAAGCCAACUAUAUCUAUCCUAGUUGAAACUCCACCUACUGACCAAUCAGAUCACUUAAGCAGAGAGGUCUGUGAGCUAUUCAUAGAGCUCAACUGUGUGGUUCUGGAGGCAAAAAGCCCAAUCAUGUUGACGUGAUUAUUAGCCAUAUUAAAGUAAAUAUCCAAGUCAGAAAAACAUAGUUGUUCAUGUUUUCAGCCAAAAAUACUACUAUCCCCACAUUCCUUGAGUGUCACAGCGGCGUCUCUGAUUGUGGGAGUCUCUGGUUACCUUGGAUCUAACAAUAAAAAGCAUUGUAAUAAGAAUUUUACAUGUCAGUGGGGGAUCUGAAUGGUGAAAUUUGCUGCAGGAACCAAAAAAAGAGGGGAAAACACUGUUGAGCUCUAUUAGAGAAGAGGAGCAAGAAAGAGAUCAACGCUUUGGCUCAGUCCCAUUCCUAACCCGUCCUCUUGAAACAGAGUUACAAGUGGUAGAGGAGAAAUCUUCCCCUACAAAUGGAACAGCUCUUCAAGCUGCUAAUACCUCAUCAGUUAUCAACACCAUUUAUGUAAACAGAUGCAAUGACAAAACUAGGCAUUUUUACUUGAAACAAUUUAAAAAAAACUUGUUUGAAUUCAAAAGGACCACAAUUCUUCAAAACAACUGAAACUAGGAAAUUAGAUCAUUGUUGUGAUUUUCAAAUCUUGUUGAUUAUUUGCUGGGAAUUCUGGGAGAUUUUCCGUAACAUUAGAGUAUCUCCAUUUGAAGGGCCAUGUAGCACUACUCAUCCCAACAAGAACUGGGAAUGCUAAUAUAGUAGGAAUGCUGAUAUAGUAGGGGUAGUGAUAGGUGGUGCAGGCAACAGACGAACUGAGAGGGAGCCAAAAUUUCCCAUGUGAUUUCCAUGUCAAAUAUGCUCAUCAAAGAUUGUAAAAAUGUAUAGUUAUGCCACAACUGAGACUAACAAAGCAUUGAUUUCUUCUACUUUUUCACCUAUAAGAUUUAGUAGUGAGUUAAGCCUGAAUAAUCUGCUGCUAUCCCUGCCCUUUUUAUAUGAAGGCACUCACAAAAACUCUGGGCUCGCUGAUAACUCUCUGUGACCACAGCACUGCCAUCUUUGUCAGGAAUAGUAAAGAUGGGUAACCAAAAGAUACUUUAGGUAUGUUGAUCUCGCUUCCUGGUACAGGCCUCUGGUGAUUGCUAUGAUUUUGAAGUUCAAAAUACCCCUAGAUUAGCAUACAGGAGUAUUUUACUAUAUUUCCAGAAUUCCACUGCACUAUAGGCUGCAUACCAUGACUCAGCAUCUCUCCCAGGCCUGCUGAUUUUACCGCUGAAGGUCUACGAGUAUUCAGCUGUCCACACAGAUGACAACAGGGAACUAUACUGAGGUGUCCAAUCAUUUGUUGACAAGUAAAUUUAGAUUUAUAUUCCUUAACAAGUGUUUAGAUGUCAGGUGGGGCAGUGAACGUUUUAAAGGCUGGACUGCGUUUUGACUGUGAAGGUUGCUGUGGACAGUGAGGUUCUUUGGUGUGUGCCUUUUUUGUCUCUCACCCUUGUUAUAAUCCACUGCUACUAGAUGCAAAAUCGACAACUCUCUUCUCAACUUCUCGACCUUUUUGAACUUUGUAAGCUUGUAAGAUAUUGUGACGUCACAAAGUUUUUUGCCCUACUCUCUUCACUUCCUUAACAUCUGAUUCACAGCUUAAUGUAUGUUGUAAA